AGUGCUGCUUCCCCUCAGCUGUGGCUGAUUGGCACCUGGUGUCAAUCAGCCAGCUACUAUUUAAACCUGCCUUCUCCUCCAGUCAUUGCUGGAUCAUUGUCGUUCCUACCUGUCGUGUCGUUGUAUGCUGUCGUUGCUACCUGUGUGCGUUAAGCUUUCCCUGGAUCCUGACUCCUGUUCCUGCUUCCUGGUUUCUGGCUACUUCAGCGUGUUAGCGGUCGUACUGAGGACAGACAACAACUCACCAUGGACAGAUGAGUUUGACAGAAUUGAAUUAUCGUGUUUGAUCGACUCGAUUUCCACUAACAGUCCCAGAAUCGAGUGGAAAAAGAUCAAAGCUGAGGGACCGAGCUACGUGUACUUUAACAGGAAGGUUAUAGGUGACUUGGAGAACAGAGCGGUCAUCAGAGAGCCAGCCACGUUGGUGAUAACCAACGCCACACGAUUGGACACGGCAAAAUACCGCUGUGAGGUCACAGCUGCUGACGACCAGAAGUCUUUUGACGAGAUUGUGAUUGACCUUGUUGUUCGAGUUAAGCCGGUUAUUCCAAAAUGCAGCGUCCCCAAAUCGGUACCUUUCGGGAAGUCAGCAGAGCUGAGUUGUAUAGAGGAGGAGGGCUUCCCGAAGUCUCAGUACCAGUGGUUCAAGAACAAGGAGGAGAUUCCUGACGACCCAAAGAGUAGCCACACAUUCUUCAACUCCUCAUACACACUCGACUCGGAAACAGGAAUUCUGAAGUUCAUCUCUGUCAGAAAAGAAGACGCGGGCGAGUACUUCUGCCGAGCAAGAAACGAUGCAGGAUAUGCUGAGUGUCCGCCGCAGAAGAUGGAAGUCUAUGAUAUUGAUAUUGUGGGGAUUAUACUUGGAGUGGUGGUGGUGGUCGUGGUGCUCAUAUGUAUAUCAGCAGGGAUCUGCUGUGCGUACAGAAGAGGCUACUUCGCAAGUCAAAAACAGGCGGGGAACAAUUACAAAGUUCCAGCAAAAGGCGAUGGCGUGGACUACGUCAGGACGGAGGAUGAGGGUGACUUUCGGCAUAAGUCUUCAUUUGUGAUCUGAACAAGGCGAGAUGACAUUAAGGUGCCAAGUGAAACGUGACGUGCGGAACCGGCAGUCCACGUCUCAUCAGAGAGCCGCCACAGUUCAGGCUGCGAGCGCUUGGCAUGACUGAUAUCCAACUUUCCAAAUCCAACAGUUUGCCAAAGGUGACAAGAUUCGACAGGACGACAGUUUGCAAAACAUUUCACAGAUAGGUUUUAUUUUUGCCGGCAAUUUUAAUCUUUUUCUCGGCUGACUUUCAAAUUUUUUGAUGGCAAAACUCAAAAUCCACCAUUAUCAAAAAAAUCCAGACACAUCACCACACAAUGCUUCAAACUUUUUUUUUCUACUGUUGAAAUUUGUCACUCUAUUUUUGAUGGAAUAUAUUUUAAAUGCCUAUAGAUAAAGGUUUACUUUUUUAAAUAUUUGUAAAAUACUAACUGUGUUUUUUAUUCUAAUUAUUAUUUGCUUGUGGGUUUAAACAUGUUACUUUAACUACUUUGCAUUAGCUUGUAUGCAUUUAUACCUUUGCCAUUGGACAAAAAGAAGGACAAACGGAAGUAGACUCGCGUCAGCAUAUCAACAUGUGGUUCAUGAUCGGCGGUUUUAUUUAACUCUCCGCUGGGAUCGCCCGGGUUCCGUUGUCCGAGACCUCCAGUUUUGUUUGUAGAUAGUCUUAGCGAGAGGCUUUGAAGAGUGCCAGUCAAAUGCUGUGAAACACUGUACAUGAUCAGUGCUGCGUUUUCUUGAUUUUAAGUGUCCUUCUCUGCUUGCUGUUCAUCUUGUAUAUAUCGGAUUUACUGUAAAGAGUGUUGCUGUCACGCCGUACGUUCAGUAUUUAACCGUCAGUAUAUGACAGGCUGUAUAAGUUAACCUUCCAGACCCAAAAACUAACAUGAAGGUACUGUUUACACUAAAAAAUAAGGGAGCACAGAUACAGUAUAUUUUCCGAGAACAGCUGCUACGUUACAGAAGGUAGCGGUUGAAAUCAUGUGUGGGACAGAAGCGUGAAUUAGAAUAUAUCAUCAGCAUUCUGGGUGGGGCUUGAUGGCAAAGAUUGCCAAAAUGAUAUCGUAAAAAUAAACUUGGUACUGUAAAAACAACGAUCGUAUAUUUUAAUGUAAAAAAUAAAAUGGCAGCUUUGUCCCUGGGAUUUUACCUUAAAAAAUGUGGUACUCUUUUUCCAUUUACAGUAAUGCACUUUAAAAACAAACAACCAUACAUUUUAUGAUAAAAAAAUAAUUUAAAAAAUGGCAGCUUCGUUGCUAGAAUUUUACGGUAAAAAAAGUUUACGGUAAGCACUGUAAUAAAGGCUAAAGAUUUUAUAGUAAAAAAAAACCACAAAAAAAAAACCUGGCAUCUCCGUUGCUGGAAUUUUACCUGAAAAAAUUGGUUUCCAAUUAUAGUAACGCACUGUAAAAGCAAAAAAACGUAGAUUUUAUGGUUAAAAAAACAACAACUGGUAGCUCAGUCGAAAUGUUUUACCAUAAAAAUAAGAGGUAUCAUUUUUCCAUUUACUGUAAUGCACUGUAACAACAACGAGCGUAAAUUUUACAGUAAAAAAAAACUUCAGCUCAGUCGCCAGAAUUUUACUGUAAAAAGAACAGUGGUACAUUUUACGGUAAAAAUCGGGCAACUCAGCUGCAAGUUUUUUUUACCGCAUAAUCUACAAAAAAUGUACAGUGUGGCCUUUAUUACAUUGCUCAGGUAAAAGGGAAAAAGUACAACAUUCCUAGAGCAUAACAAAUAGAUAAGGUAGAACAAAAAGUAACAUUUAUGUCAGAGGCCAGGCAACAAGACAAGCAGCAAUAGUAGACACACGAGAAGUGUCGCUCUAAACGCUGGUCGUUUAUACUCAGGAGAGCGGACCUCUAUGGUUUGUCCUUCAAGCUGCUUCUCAGUCAAACACACCAUCAGCAGGUUCUCCCUGUUUUCAUGGAUAAAUUCCCACCGUUGAGAUAUUAUUUUGACGUCCAUCGACUCAUUCUGCUUGAGCGUGGUGCAGACGAGCAGUGCUUCUACGCUCAUACUGCUUUGCCAAGUUUUUGGAUGAUUCCUUUCUUUCACUCCAUGAAUAUCAUCCACUUCUCCUUCUCAGCACUGUCCUUCCUAUCCAUUCUUGGAAAAACUAAGUUACGUCCAUCUCUAGCUGUACUCUAAUGCUAGCGAGUAGGACAUGUUGUUUCGGUCGGGUCUUUCAGAGUUCACUGUGACAUUUGCUACGCCAACUGAGACAUUUCUAGCGGCGUUCAGUGUCAGUCUUAAAGCUGGAUGGGACAAUACCGUGGCUUGGGAGGACGCUUUAGAAUUCUACGCAAUCUGAUUGGUUGAAAUAGUCUGAUUGAUUGACAGGCCGGAAAUGUGAAGUGAAUUAUAUAUAUAUAUAUAGUGCUUUUUUCUUAAUGGCUCAAAGCGCUUUACAUUGAUAAACCCAUUAUCUACAUUUAGGCAGUGUGGGUGCAGCUGGGAGCAGGGUGGGUGAAGUGUCUUGCCCAAGGACACAACGACAGUGACUAUUAUGGUGGAAGCUGGAUACGAACCAGGAACCCUCAAGUUUCUGGCUGGCUGCUCUGCCAUCUGAGCCAUGCCGCCCAUUCAUCUUGGGCAUUAUUAUGCACAAGCAGGUCCACUUUUUCAGGCUUGUAAUUGGCCAAAAUGCUUUUUUUUUGACAGAAUUUGUUCUAAAACACCAUAGUGAGGAAACUUUUUUUUAAACUAUCCAUGUUUAUGUGGGCAUGAACUAAUUUAAAAGCGGUUGCUGUUGUGCCCGGUUGUUCCGUUGAUCUGUAGACAGGAAACAAACAAAAAAAGAAUAAAAUAAAAGGCAUAACAGAAAGACGUUAGUGCGUAAUCCUGCUAACUAACAAACAUGUUUAAAAUAGAAGCACCAUAUAUGACCUAGACAUCUUAUCUAGUAACCUGUUAUCAACAUAGCCUAUAAUUAGUUGACAUCUGCAACAAUGGAAAUGUAUCAGUACAACACAAGAGAGUAUUUAUAGUUGUGACUUAAGGGGAGGAGAUCAAAGUUUGAUUAGUUCCUCUCAAGGGUCUGGAGGGUUAACAAAGUCACUCAUAUUUUCUGUUGUUUUAUUUAGUCUGUAGUGAAGUACAAUCCGGCAUUUUCCUGCUGCAGCCGCUGUGCUUCAAAACAUGACUAAUUGUCCAGUGGCUGGCGGUGUGCCUCCUUGCUCCGCCCCGUAGCAGAAUGAAGUGGAUGCAGUGUAACAAUAUCCUAUUCAGAGGUGAUAUCAAACACACAAGGCUGAUAGAAAGGUAACAUGAAACAACAUUGAUGCACGCUGACUCGUGUGUUCCUGAACAGCUGACCACUGCCUGGUUUUUUUCUUGUCAUGCUUCCAAGCGCAGUAAACACAAACAAGACUAUUUCUGUAAAUUUUAUGCAUACAUAGUGAUGAAUAUUCUCUGUGAGUAUUAUUUGGGAUUCUGAUCAUCAGUCAUGGUUAGGAGGACAAAAUGGUGUUUUUGUUCAAAUCAGGGGUGUCCAAAGUGCGGCCCGGGCGCCAUUCUGACUUUUUAUUGACCCUCAGUGUAUUGUCAAAAAAAUAAUUCAAGCUAUUCCACCAAAUCAGUGCUAUCUGCUUGUUGUAAAUCCUAGAAUAAACCUACAUGUCUGUCUUUUUCAGCUCUAAUUCUAAAAUACACAUACUGAACUAUUUAUGUUUGCUAAAGGUUUCUAAGCAUUUCAGUGACAGGAGUGAGUUUUUAGCAUAGAAUUAGCAAAUUCUAGCCAUAUUGCAUUUACGCUAAUAAACAUUACAGAGAUUCAACAAAACAUUUGUAUUCUAAAAUAAAUGAUUAGGUAACAGGACUGUGGUGACAUUUCCCACAACUGAAAAAUGAAUAAGUGAAAUUACUUUUGUUCUUCCCAUGGCCUGCAGAGGACGUGAAUGAUGCAACUUCCUGUCUAGAUCAUGUGACUUGUGGAAUGUUCCACGUUUUACAGGGACAGGACUAAGUGAAAACCUAGAGACACAACUAAAGUGUGAAUUUUAACUACAUUGUUUUAAGAAAACAAGCUUAAAGAGGAACUUCUCUUUUUUUGGAAUUUAGCCUAGCAUUCACGAUCAUUAUGAGAAUUUUUUUUUUACGGUUUAACAUGUAAAAAUCGUCUCGUUCUUGGUGGCUAGCAACGCAGCUAAUGGAAGCAAUCAAUUCUACCUCUAAAUCACUUCUAAAAUGCAUUCAAAAACUGUCAACAAUACUUAAUUUACGUUCCGUAACCUGUAUAAUAACCAAGCUGCAGCGACAAACAACUGAAAAACUCAUUUUUUCUGGCAUAGUAACACAUCGCCAUGCUACGGUAUUAGCCGGAAAAGCUAACUACGGAAAGAGAUAAGCAUGCUUUUACGUCAACACAAAACGCAUUUGAGUUUGUAAUGCACAACAUAUUGCGAUAGGACACUAAUAUGUACUGACUGAAAAACAUGAACUAUCAUAUUACAGUAUCUGUAAAAUUUUAGCCCACAUUUCUUGUUUUGUUUGUACACAGCUAGCCAUACAACAUAUGUACUGUAGUUGUAAUAACACACAUGACGUGAUGCAUGUGUCAAGUACAAUAAUAAAGUUUGACUCACUCGAUGCAUAGUUGUGCGUUGGGUCCAGCUGGCCAGGGACAUUUUUUCCGGUUUAUUUGGGUAACCACUACAUUUUUGUUUAGGGCUGGGUAUCGUUUGAAAAUGUUCAAUACCAGUCCCAAUACCAGUACCCUUAAAACGAUACCGACACCAACUGAGUACCGUAUUUUUCGGAGUAUAAGGCGCACCGGAGUAUAAGUCGCACCUGCCGAAAAUGCAUAAUAAAAAAGGAAAAAAACAUAUAUAAGUCGCACUGGAGCCCGGCCAAACUAUGAAAAGAACUGCGACUUAUAGUCCGAAAAAUACGGUACUUCAUUCGAUAUUAAUCAUGUGAAAAGAAUGCAAUGGGUUGCGUAAUUGUCACAACUCCUCCCCAUUCAAUCAAUCAAUCAAUCAAUGUGUAUUUAUAUAGCCCUAAAUCACAAGUGUCUCAAAGGGCUGCACAAGCCACAACGACAUCCUCGGUACAAAGCCCACAUAAGGGCAAGGAAAAAAUUCAAGAUGUUUACACGAAUACAUUUUGAAAGUGCUCAAAUAUUUAUUAAAUAACUGUACAAACAUGUACAACAAAGUAUUAUUUCCGCUGUGUAAUUAGCUAAGCCAGCGUUAGCUCACAUGCCUACGACAUGCCCAAAACGAUUUACUUGACAAUAGGUGUUUUAACACACCAAGGAUGAGCGCUGUUAACAUAGUAACCGUUUAUAUAUUACCUGAAGUUAUCGACGGUUGAGCAGUGUCCUGUUGAGAUGACGAUGCUGGUGUUGUAGAAGCCGGCUUUUUAAACACAGUACAGUUCUCCACCCAUAAGUUUGCUUCGUGCUUGAUGCGGUGUGUAAUCAUAUUACUAGUAUUCCCCGUUUUCCCCGAAAUAAUCUUGCCGCAUUGUAUGCAUUUUUUUACACCCGGCGCCACAGGCGUGUUGUACAACCUUACCGUUGACCGUUUUGCUGCCGGCAUCUCGGAAUGAUGACCACCCAAUUUUGCACUGCUUCAACCCGCUUUACCGCCAUACAAACUGUUGUUGUUGCGGUGGUGGACCAAUCACAUGCCGCAUUGAAUCGAAGAAUGCUUGUAGUGAUUGGCUGCGAGCAAAACCAUAGAAACAGUAAUGUUUUCUUUGAUCUGGGUACAAAAAGAACCGAUCGCAGGUAUCGUUUGACAGACGCAGUUUCGAUACUACUUGGUAUCGGGUUGUUUCGGGCACUUGUCAAGUUCCACAUGUUCAGUGCCAGAGUCACUUUCACCUCACUCUCUCAGCUUCUGUCCGAUCCAACUAUUCACCCUUCCUUCGUGCUGGCUUUGAGACGCAGUAAUUCAUCCUCAGGUAAGGUUGUGUAUCCUCAUUUGUCCAGAAAUAGUCGUCUUCGUUGUUUAUUACGAAGUCUGCUGCCAUCAUUAGAACACACGCUUGCGUUGCCAGAAGUCGGAAGUGUUCCGGCAAUGAUUAAAAUGACCAAAAUAGAGUAAAUAUUGAACAUAUGACAUAUUGUUAUGAACAUGUCUGUUACUAUAUAGACUUGCAGUGUGUAUAUAAAACAUAGCUGGAGGGUUUUGAAGUUGUUUUAGAGGGCUUUGAAGGCUACAAUGGUGACUCCCAUUAGCCGCAUGUAUUAGUAUUAUUUUUAUCAUCUUUAAAAUCUUUAAAAAAAAGAAAAGAAAAGACGUGUGUUCUUGUUUCUCAUAAUGAUUGUUAAAGAUAGGCAAAAUUCCCCCAAAAAAGUGCAGUGCAUUUUGGUCAGCGGCAGUAGGCAACAAGUGCUAUUUUUAGGGUUUAAUCAAGUGGAAUUAGUCAAACAGAAAGCACUGGUAGGUAUGAACAAUACUAACCUGUUUAUUAUCAACCAACUGGAAUUGACUUAUGCUAUCUUUAAGUUGAAGUGGAGUGGUAUUUAGGUUUUUUUGGCGACACCUAGUGGCCACAAUAAUUCCUGAAGUUGGUGACGCAGUACGUUGAAUGAUGCGGACACAUUUGUUACUGGAUACGUUCUAAUACUUCUGCCUUGGAGACUUUGUAUGUGUAAGUAAUAUGUAAUCAUAAUUAUUUGAUACAUGUUUAUAUUGACAAAUGUGCUGUUUUAGACUGCAAUGUUGUUCAAUUAAGGACACUUACUGUCUGGCUUGUCUGCUAUUGUGUGCUCAGCUGUUGUGUAGCUGCUAGCUCCUCGUAGCCUAUAGUCUACUAUGUUUACCUUUUGUAAAUGACUCAAAUACAAGAAAAGACCAACCUUGUGUGCUUAUUGGAGGACAUUUAGAUGUCAUAUGCUUGUGUUGGAUAUUUUAGAUGCAACCCGAUAUUAUACGAUACCUGUUUUUUUCUGUUAAUAUCGGACCGAUAUCAAUAUCAGAUUAAGGCACCAUUUACUAAUUUCCCAAUGUUCAAGGUAGUUUAAAUUAUGAUUUUAAAUUGCGUUUAUUGAAUACAAAAUCAGAUCAAUUUGCAGGAUACUUUUCUUAAUAAAAACAUAUCUUACACAUUGGUCAUAUAUAUGCUUGUUUUGUCAGCUGUAACACAACAUGUUUUGUUCAGAUAUCUCAUUAUGUUGUGACCAACGUUGGAUUAGUUUUAGCAACUUAAAUGUACAAAAUGUAGCCAAGUGGCUUACGCGUCCUAUUUAUU